AUGGACGAGGCCCAGACUCGGCGGCGCAAUACGGUUAAUGCGCUACUAGAUGGCUACGGGAGCCUCUCGGUUCCGCAGCUUCUCAUGUCGACAACGCCUGACUUUUACCAUCAGGUAUUACCAGAAAGCUUAGGCAUGAUGCCCCGGAAUAGGGAAGCGUUCGCCCAACACGCCGCCGGCAUCUUCAACGUGUUCGAUGAAUUCAGAAUGGUCCCGAAGUCAAUCGUCGAUGACGGGCCAGGAAAUAUGGCAGUAGUCCACGCACGAAUGCAAGGAAUGUUAAAAGGGGGUGCUGGAGAGUGGAUAAACGAAUGCGUAAUGAUGAUCCAGCUAUCCCCUGACGGCACUCUCGUUUCUAGGGUUACAGAGUUUGUGGAUAGCGCAAAGGCUUUAGAGAUGGCCCGAAAACACGCACCGGAUAACUUUGACGUGAACUACUCAAAGCUAGACGGUGGUGGUAUGAGGACGGAGAAAGGGAACAGGAACGAAACUACGGGCUCUAAAUCGAUGACACUAUUAUUUGGGUUGGGACUAGCACAGGUUAUCACGGUAAUCUCAUUGUUGUAUUUGGGUCGUCGGGCCAUCUUUUGA